AUGGCGUCGAUAGGCACUCUCUUCUCGCCUUUCAGGAAUACAUACCGUUACCUUCAACGCCAGGCCCAUGAGAGUCCCGUCAUCUUCUUCUCGUGCGUUCUGGGCGGCUUGGGCCCGUUCAUGCUCAUAACCGUCCCUCCUAUCCGAGAGAGAUUGGGGUACAAGCCAGCCCCACCGAUUCCGACGACAUAUCCGAUUCCCAACCGGCCACGACGGCCAGUGCAGGGAUAUGAAGACGAAUAG